UCUCUCUCCACCCUCCUGCACUCCCUACACCUUGUGCCAGAGAGCUUCACUUCUUCCUACAUGUAGCUGGGAAUACCUGCUCCACCACCUGAAAGAGAAGGCACUGCAACCAAGGGGUUAAAAAGGUUCUCUGGAUUGAGGCUUUGAAACUAUGCAAGGAGGGAAUCAGUCUGAAUUGGGGAGGAGGUUCCUUGUGCAGAACACGCCUUGGCAGUAAAUACAGCUCUCUGAUAGCGGAUGCAACAAGACAAUCAGAAGGCACUGGCUGGUUUGCAGCAAGCUGUGGUUUGCCGAAAGUGGCCUUAGGUGGGCAAGCCUUGACCCUGGCCACAGCCUGCAUCCUUCUAGGUGCCUCUGGGCAGGGAGACACUGAGAUGACACAAAUGCACUAGUGGAGUCUUGGGGUGCAUGGCACCGUUACUGUGAGCCUCUUCUCCCACUUUGAUCUUUCCUAGUCAGCCAGGUAGGAGGCAAAGGGAGAUGCAGCUUGGGAAAUGAGCACCGCUAAGGAGGAAAACCAGUGUCAGACAGCAGCUCGGAUUGUCACCGACCUGUGCCGCAAGAAGAGCCUGCCCCAGUUGGACCUGGACACCUGCAAGGAGUUCCUCCUCUUUCCAGACCUGAGUGGCCGUGAGCCAGAGCUCUCCAUCAGCCUCCUUGCAGUGAUAGUUAUUGUAUGCGGACUGGCUCUGGUGGCAGUAUUUCUCUUUCUCUUUUGGAAGCUGUGUUGGGUGCCCUGGAGGAACAAGGCCAUUUCGACUAACACCCCUGCCUCCCAGAACUCAGCAGAACACGACAAAGAGACCAUGGCCGACAAGCUAAAAGAUACAGGGACUCUUGGCUUCUUGGAAGCAGCUGUGAAAAUCAGUCACACAUCACCCGAUAUUCCAGCAGAGGUCCAGAUGUCCAUGAAGGACCACCUCAUGAGACGGACACGGAUGCAGAGACAAACGACAGAGCCUGCAUCUUCCACCAGGCACAUUUCUUUCAAGAGACAUUUGCCCAGGCAGAUGCAUGUUUCCAGUGUGGACUAUGGCACAGAACUACCCCUUGCAGCAGAGCAGCCCACUUGCAUUGGCCGAAUCAAGCCAGAACUGUACAAACAGAAAUCCGUUGACUCUGAGGACCCCAAGAAAGAGGCAGAAAAAAACUGUGGGAAAAUUAAUUUUGCUUUAAAAUAUGACUAUGAGAAUGAGACACUGAUUGUGCGGAUCCUCAAGGCUUUUGACUUGCCUGCCAAGGACCUCUGUGGCAGUUCUGAUCCCUACGUCAAGAUCUACCUCUUGCCCGACAGAAAGCGCAAGUUCCAAACGCGUGUGCACAGGAAAACACUCAAUCCCACCUUUGAUGAGUGCUUCCAGUUUCCUGUGCCCUACGAGGAGCUGACCAAUAGGAAGCUCCAUCUUAGUGUCUUUGACUUCGACAGGUUUUCCCGGCAUGACAUGAUUGGGGAGGUGAUCUUGGAGAACCUCUUUGAGGCCUCAGAUCUGUCUCGGGAGACCUCCAUUUGGAAGGAUAUUCAGUAUGCCACAACUGAAAGUGUGGACCUGGGGGAGAUCAUGUUUUCCCUUUGUUAUCUGCCAACUGCAGGUCGCCUCACAUUAACAGUCAUAAAAUGCAGGAAUCUCAAAGCAAUGGAUAUAACUGGCUACUCAGAUCCUUAUGUCAAAGUGUCUUUGCUCUGUGACGGGAGAAGGCUGAAAAAGAAGAAAACCACCAUAAAGAGAAACACACUUAAUCCUACCUAUAAUGAGGCAAUAAUCUUUGAUAUCCCUCCAGAGAACAUGGACCAAGUCAGCCUGCUUAUCUCUGUUAUGGAUUAUGACCGAGUUGGCCACAAUGAGAUUAUUGGAGUUUGCCGUGUGGCAAACAAUGCCGAGGGACUAGGCCGAGACCACUGGAAUGAAAUGCUGGCUUACCCACGCAAACCAAUUGCACAUUGGCACCCACUAGUGGAAGUGAAGAAAUCCUACAAGGAGUGGCAUGGCCGAGCAGCCAGCUUUGACAGCCAAGGGUCAUGCCCCUCUCCAAAACCACCUUCGACGCCCUGAUACAUCAAGUGGUGGAUCCAAUGGGACUCAACCAAAUUCUUUUUUGUUUUGGUUUCAAAUUUUGCCACGUGUCCUGAAUUCUAAAGCAACCUAUUGCUGAAUGGCAGAAGAACUGGACAUCAGACAGUGAGAGUACUUGUUUCCAUGAUGACAAAGGCAGCAAAACUGUUGUGUGGUCAUAGUUGUCUUAGUUAUUUAUGUCUCUCAAGGUGGUGUUCUCUGUGGUUUUCACUUUUUGGAUAUGGCUGCCUGGAAGAAGGAGAAGAAGGAGAAGUAGUAGAAGAA